CAAAGAGAAGGCAUGUCGUCCAGUGUCCCCAGCAACCUGCACGUAACAUUAGCUAAGUCUAGCUGCUGGACCGCGCCCGGUAGGAGCUGAACGAUGACGAUUAUUGUGUUUCUGGUCGACACCUCCGCCUCCAUGUGCCAGCGUGCACUGGUAAACGGAGUGCAGAAAACCUAUCUAGAUAUCGCGAAAGGUGCGGUGGAAACGUUUCUCAAGUUUCGCCAACGGUCCCAGGAUUGUAUGGGCGAUCGGUACAUGCUGCUUACGUUCGAGGAACCGCCGAACAAUGUGAAGGCAGGCUGGAAGGAAAACCAUGCCACGUUCAUGAACGAGCUGAAGAACCUGCAGAGCAACGGGCUAACGUCGAUGGGCGAAGCGCUAAAGAAUGCGUUCGAUCUGCUCAACCUAAACCGGAUGCAGUCGGGCAUUGAUACGUACGGGCAGGGUCGUUGCCCGUUCUACCUCGAGCCGUCCGUUAUCAUCGUGCUGACCGAUGGGGGCAAGUACGCGUUUCGGAACGGUGUCCAUCAGGAGAUUAUACUACCGCUGCACGCCCAGAUGCCGGGCACGAAGCUAACGAAGGAACCGUUCCGGUGGGAUCAGCGCCUAUUUUCGCUGGUACUCCGGAUGCCGGGUAACCGGGUGGAGGAACGGGUGGAUGGGAAGGUGCCCCACGAUGAUUCGAUGAUCGAGAAGAUGUGCGAAGUGACGGGCGGUCGUUCGUACAAAAUAAAGUCCCAUUACGUGCUGAACCAGUGCAUCGAAAGUUUGGUGCAGAAGGUACAACCCGGUGUGGUGAUCCAUUUCGAUCAGCUAAUUUCGAACAAUGGGACGGACAGCAGCACGGCAGAUUUACAGUUUCAGUCAACGAAGCGCAUGAUUUAUGUACCGAAGCAACAUCCAUCACAGAAAACGUUCCCGGUCGGGUACUGGCCAAUCCCGGAACCGUACUGGCCGGAUCCGAAGUUAACGAAUUUGCCACCGCGUGAUGCACAUCCGAAGAUUAAGAUUAUUUCGCCGAGUUGCGACGAACCGCAGGUGCUGCGGAACUUCCCGAUCGAUAAGUACGAGCUGGAGGCGAGCCCGCUAACGCUUCAGAUACUGUCCAAGAAGGAAUCGAACAAGGUUUGGCCUCUGAUCGUGUCGACCGGUACGCAGGGUGAGAUGCCGUUCGGCUACCUCAAACCGAACAGUACCGUACCGAUCGUCCAUCUGUACGUGUUGCCGUACAACUAUCAAAUGUUGCUACCGCUGAUAAACGAUCUGUUUCACAAGUUUAACCUGAAUCCACCGAACGAUUGGGUGUACAAGUUUACCAACUACGUUAAAACGAUCCCACAGUACUAUUGUCCAUUUCUGCGCCGCGCACUAGCGACCACACCGAACGUACCGUACCAGCUGGUGCAGUACAUACUGCCGGAAAAUCUGGACAGCUACCUCUGUCCGGCCGUUGCCAACUAUCUCAAGCAGAUGAAGAACACGGCGAAGAUCGAUCAGGAAAAUCUGUGCCUGCGGGUAUUGAAGCAGCUGAAGCAACCGAAACCGGCCUACCAUCAGCUGGAGACGGCCAAGCUUACCAACGGCCAGCAGAUGAAGCGUGACAUCGUGAGUCACCCGAUGCUGAAGGACACGUUCACGAAGAUGCACAUGGAGAUAGCGAGCUUCGACAGCUACACGAUCGUCGUACCGUCCAUCAUACAGACGGCGGCGACGAAAAACUAUCGCAAUCCGUACGACAUACCACGCCGGGACCUGAUCGACGAAAUAGCACGGAUGAGGGAAAACUUCUUCCAGCUGCCAACGAGCGGGAUAAAUGUGUAUACGAAAGAUUCGGGCCACUGUUUGCCGAUCUCGGAUAUGGGCAACUAUCAGGAGUAUUUGAAAAACAAGGAAACGCCACUGCGUGAGCUAGAGCCGACGAAUGUGAGGCAGCACAUGUUUGGCAACCCGUACAAGAAGGACAAAAACAUGGUGAUGGUGGACGAGGCGGACCUGAACGAUUUGGCACCGAUGAAGGCGGGUGGUGGGGGUGGUGUGCCCGGUCCACAUCCGGGUGGUAGUGGGAGUGGCAGCAACAGUGGCACUACCAUUAGCCUCAGCAGCAGCAAUAGCAGUAGUAGCAGCAGCAGUAAUAGCAGUCAUAUGAAGAAAAACAUGGAUUCCGGCACGGUCACGCGCCUGGCCCGGAAGCGGAAGGCGGGCCCCAUACGGAAGGAUUAUGUGUUCAAGCGUUCCGCAAUGGAUAUGGCCAGCAGUUCGUCCGGAUCACUUUCGGGCGACGAUCUACAUAUGAGCGACCUGAUGACGGACGAUGAGAGUUGCUCCGAGUUUAGUGGAGCUAGCGAUAUAGAGGACGAUAACGAGGGUUGCCUCGUAAUGGCGCUAGACAUACCGGAUGAAACACCCGAAGUAGUAUCGCCAACCGUCACGACAGUGUUAUCAGUACCAGCAGCAUCAGUAACAACGGCACCGAAUGGGAUCAUCGCGGUGCGAGAGAAUCCGCUAGAUGGUGCUAAUGUGGAUAGCACUGUGGAGUCUAUCGGUGGCAUCGCAACGGGCAGCAACUCUUCCCCGAGCAAGCAAACCGAACGGGCAACGGCGUCACCGGACGGUACGGGCGAGAGCGUGGCAGCGGUUUCGGCAGGCGAAUCGUUGUAUAGUACAGUUAUACGUAGCGUGGAGAAAUCCGGAACCGACGAUACUCAAUCCGUAGAUGAUAAGGAGCAGCCGCACCAACAGCACCAACGAUCAGACGAAAUACAAACACCCGAACCAACAGAACCAAUGGAGACGAGCGUCGAUCUAGAAUCAGACGCAUCAGCACAACAGCAAGCAACAAAGAAACAGGCAGAAAUAAGCGUACCGGAGCAAAGUAGUGUCGGAUCGGAAAGGAAGGAUUCUGCAUCCAAGCAUCAGCAGGAGAGCAUAAAAGAAGAAGCAGAACUCGAAGCGGAACCAACCAGCAGUUCCGGUUUAUUAAAGGAAGCUUCAAACGAAACUACCAAGCCGGUGGUUCGAGUAGAACCAACGACAACGGUCGCAGCAUCAGCAGCAACAGUAGAUAGUGGUGGAAAAUUGCCGGUCGAGCUUAACGAACAAAAGGAAUGCAAGCUGGAACAAUACGUUGUACGGUGGUCGGACGAUGCUGCUAAUGUUUCACCGGCGUUGCUGAUAGCGGACGAGCAGGAACCGGCGAAGCCGGACAAUUAUGUACAAACGGAUCAGAAAAUGGCGGACGAGACGAGUGGGAAGGACACGGAGGACAGUAAACCGGUGGUCGUCGUAAGACUAAAGCCGGACGAUACGAGUCCGUUGGCAAGGGGCCGAGAGUUGUUUUCGGUUAAAUAUCAGCCAGAACCGUUACCGAGCGCUACUGAGCUAGCGGUACAAGUGAACCUUACGCCGCAACCGAUUGAACCAGUAAAGUCGGCACAGGAAGGUGCGUUAGGUGAGUCGGUACAGUCACAACCACAGCAGGCAUCAGUAUCGGAGGAAGCUACUGCAUCUUCUUGGAAGCAUGACCAGCGACCGGCGGAAUCUUCACGCCUUCCGGCGGUAGUACCACAGUGGGGCCACGACACCAACAAUGGCGUAACGGACGGUUUGAAGGUGUCCAAACAGCAGCCGCAGCAGCAACAGCAGCCGCAACAACCACCAAACGAUCAACGAUCCUCACCACAGACACGCCACAAUCCAACAGGAUCACAAUGGAGUCUCGAUGCUGGCGGUGAUAUGACGGAUGUGAUGAAAAUUUCCAACAUCCUCAAAACGUGUCACAACGGUGGCGAUACCGAGCGCGACAAAGAAUCCAAUCUCGAGGAUGGUGGUGCCGAUGCCACUGCUGCUGCUGCUGCUGCUGCUGCUGCUGCUGCGGAGCGUAACAAUGCGACGCCCGUCACUACCAGCACUAACGCGGCAUCACACGAUACCACCAAAACAACAUCCCGACCGGGUGUCGGUGUGCCGGAACCACCGACCCCUCCGACCAUGGUGGUCGCGAACGGGUUCGUAUCGAUGAUGAUGAACGGUGGCGACAACAGUAGCAGCAUCAGCACCAACGAAUCCAGCGUCCAGCCAACGCUCAACUGGGACUACAACUUUGCCCUCUACUCGUGCGUCGAAGACGAGCAGGAGCUGGAACAGAUCGAGGAGACGAACCUGAAGACGCGCUCGAUCGUGUUCCGUGACAUCCGGCGGCCGGGACGCGACUACACCCAGCUGCUGAAGCACCUCGAGCUCAUACAGGGUAGCCGCAGUACGCAGAAACAUUUCGUCGAUGCGUGCGUCCACGAGGCACGCCGUUUCCGGCGCCACCGGAUGGUGGAGUGCAUACAGGAAUGGUGGGCACAGCAUACCGGCCGGUCAACGGGCAGCAGGCGGGACGGUACCAAACGGGGUGCACGCUCGAAACAGCAUCAGGCUGGGCUGGUUGGUGGUGCGAACGCGUUUUACAUCUACGGCAAUAGCGAUGGACUGCUGCAGGACGUGCCGGAGGGUGCGCUUACGCCGGGCAAUUUUUUCUUCGUUAACGAUACCGGUGCCUCGGUGUACGGUAGUGAGACGUUCCGCAGCACGACACCGCCCGGUGGGGCGUAUCUCAACAGUAGCAUCAUCGGCAGCACCUACGGGACCACCGACUUUAGUCACAAUAAUCACCACUUUGUCGAGGUAACGCAUGAACCGUAUCCGAACAUGUAG